AUGGUUACCAAGGGCGGCGCGAAGAAGAAAGCAAAGGUGAGGGCCUACGACAUUGAAGAGUCCAAAAGGAUAUUCCUAUACGCCUACGAACACCAACUGAAAAAUGAAAAGGUUAACUGGAAAAGGGCAGAAGAGUCCAGAGUGACUAGCCACAGUGCAAGCUCGAUGAGGAGUCACUACGUGAAUUCUAUAAAACAUGAGGUGUCUUUGUACCUGGAGAUGUAUGCAGAGGAAGUUGCUAAGCUAUUUAACAAAGUGAAGAAGUGGAAGAAGGAAGAAAAAAAAAAAAAAAUGAUGCUUCUUCAGAGCAGCACGCUGGUGAAGCAAACGUCCAAUAUUUCUCUAGACAGAGUAACUAAGGGGAAAAGCACAAACUAUAACAAAUUUAAUUCGCUAAUAAUUAGUAAAGCCUUCUCCAUGAAGGGUAACCGCAGCAUGAGUAGCAAGCAGAACUGCUCCAUUAACCCAAGAAAUGUGGCCAAUCCACAUACGAAGAAGAAAAAAAAAGACACGAUCGUUUGCUCUGGUGGUCGUGCUAGCGCAAGAGCGAGCGCGAGAGAUGGUAGAACGAAGAGCCAAUCAGGAGUAUCUAAAAGCAGCCUUAAAAAGAAAAAAAUAAAGAAAGUAAAAUUUGCACAAAAAUGUUCCCUUGCAGUCAAGGAUAAAAAAAUAGACAAAAAUGUGGCCAAAAGUGCAGCCAAAAGUGCAGCCAAAAGUGUAGCCAAAAUUGCACCCCAAAAUAACGAAAUCCUUAGCAGCAAUGUAGAAAGAACAAAUAACCCCCCCAACAAUUCGUUCAAUACAGAUAUGAGUGAUAAAACGGAUAAAAGGAAAAGCGAAAAGGAACGGGGGAAACACACGCGACUGUCCGAAAAUUACAAAAUGGAAGAAAAGGACAUAUCCCAAGGGAGCAAAGAGAGUAAAAAUGUUAAAAGAAAGGUAAACGAUGAGAACGAGGUAGAAAUGAGCGUAGACGGAACGGUUCAUGGCAAACGAGGGAGUAACGCAUUGAACGAAGUGGACCAUAUAAAAAUACCUGUCGAAGAACACCCGAUCCAGAAGUAUCAUCUCGAGUCAAGACCAGCAAAAAGGUACAGCAACCAGAUUUCUCCUCUUCAAAGCAGAGCAAAAAGGGCCAAACACUACGCAGCUAAUUUCAACUCGAAGGAAUUCAGCAGGAGGGACAAACAAUACGACACGAAAAUGUCAAGUGGAAACGUUAGGGAAGGGAAAAGAAGUUCCAUCAGCUCUAUUUUUGGGUACAUUUACGAUAAAAUAUUCCGCUGA